GCACGGACCGGAAACAUGGCGUUCAACUUUGGCGGCCCGUCUAGCAGCGCGAGUCUUUCUGGCACUGGGUUUGGAGCCGCCACCACAACAGCAUCCACUGGAUUUGGAUUCGGAUCAAGUACCACAGGUGCUUUUGGAGGUUUUGGAGCCACGACGGCUCCUCCCAGCAGUGGGUCGACCUUCAAUUUCUCCACACCAUCAAACACAGGUGGAGGUCUCUUUGGAAGCACUCAGAAUAAAGGUUUUGGCUUCUCCUCUGGUUUGGCUUCGAGUGGCGCUACAGGAACGGGCUUCAGCAGCACUGGAUUGGGCUUCGGUGGUUUCGGGGGAAUUCAGAGCAGCCAGACCCAACAGGGUGGUCUGUUUAACCAGCAGGGGUCUCAGUCUAGUCAUCUGAUCAACACUGCCAGUGCCCUGUCUGCUCCAUCUGUGCUCAGCGAUGAGCGGGACUCCGUUCUGGCCAAGUGGAACCAGCUGCAGGCCUUCUGGGGAACAGGCCGAGGUUAUUUCAACAGCAGCACUCCUCCAGUGGAGUUCAGCCAGGAGAAUCCCUUCUGCCGCUUCAAGGCGGUGGGCUACAGCUGUGUUCCUGAAACAAAAGAUGAAGAUGGGUUAGUGGCUCUGGCUCUCAGUAAGAAGGAAUCAGACGUGCGCUCUCAGCAGCAGCACUUGGUCGAGUCUCUACAUAAAGUCCUGGGAGGAAAUCAAAUGAUCACCGUGAAUGUGGAGGGUGUGCGAGCGUUACCUGAUGACCAGACGGAGGUGAUCGUUUAUUUGGUUGAGCGUUCUCCUAACGGCACGUCCAAGCGGGUUCCAGCAUCAACUCUCUAUAGUUUCAUGGAGCAGAUGAAUGUGAAAUCUCAGCUUCAGCAGCUCAGUGUCAUAAUGACUGUCAGCAGGACCGCACUGAGCGCAACACAACUCAAACAACUGCUUCAGAACCCACCCGCAGGUGUGGACCCCAUCAUCUGGGAACAGGCUAAAGUGGACAAUCCUGAUCCAGAGAAGUUAAUCCCAGUACCUAUGGUGGGCUUUAAAGAACUCCUGCGAAGAUUAAAGAUUCAAGACCAGAUGACCAAACAGCAUCAGACCAGAGUGGACAUCAUCUCUAAUGACAUCAGUGAGCUGCAGGUGAAUCAGGCCACAACCGCAGCCAAAAUCACACAGUACAAACGCAAGCUGAUGGAUCUGUCACACAGAGUACUACAGGUGUUGAUCAAACAGGAGGUUCAGAGGAAGAGCGGUUAUGCCAUCCAACUAGAUGAAGAGCAUCUGAGAGUUCAGUUAGAAACCAUUCAGUGUGAGCUGAACGCACCAACGCAGUUCAAGGGCCGGUUGAAUGAGCUCAUGUCUCAGAUUCGAAUGCAGAAUCAUUUUGGAGCUGUACGGUCAGAGGAACGCUAUCGAGUGGAUGCCGACCUUCUGCGAGAAAUCAAACAGCACCUGAAGCAGCAGCAGGAGGGUCUGAGUCACCUGAUCAGCGUCAUUAAAGAUGAUCUGGACGACAUCAAGAUGAUUGAAGAUCAGCUGCAUGAUGGGAUUCACACACGCAGCAGCAAACUCAGCUGAUACACACACACACACACACACACACACACACACAAACUACUGUGCAUUGUGACCGCCUGAACAUUAGAGAAUUGUUGAUUUCUGUUGUUGUGGUGGCCCAUUUCUCUUUUCUGUGUCAUGUGAUUAUCAUUGUGUGCCUUUGACAGCUGAAUCUUAAACACAUGUGUCUCACAUUGAUGAAUAAAGUUUUCUUUUGUA